AGGUGAUGUGAAGUGCGUUGUAUUCGAAUGGGGAUCUUCCUAGAUCAUUGCUGCUGUUACCUCCGCGCUCGAUCGAUGAGUUGAUAUCAGCUGCUCAAUCAUCUCCAUGAGCAACGACACGGCUUCUCACGAUCCACAGAAGGAGCUGCACGCAGCAAGGAAAUGUGCGCUCAAGUACCUCAAGUACCAUGAAACGGUUUUGAAGGCCCUCAUGCCGGUCUUGUUGGACAAGCUUGCGCCAGAGGACCGGGUUAAGAGCAGGAAGCUUAUGAGAAAGCUUUCGACUGUGGUUCAAUGGGAAUGCUCGCCGGAUUUCUCUGACGAGGAGGCGAGGAGCGGGUACAUCCGCCGACACUUCCCCCAUCGCUCUGCUCAGUUGGGCAUCAUAUUGUCCCAUCCUGACGUUGUCAGGCUGCAGCAGGAGAGGAGCAGCGAACACGAGCUGCUCGUCGCCUCCCUCGGCGGGGGUCCGGGCUGUGACGUGGUCGGCAUGGUGUUGCACAGAAACUUCACGUCGCAGCCGAGAGGGUUGCGGGUUCAUGUCUUGGACAUCGAACAAGGUUGGAGGCAAGCCAACGACGUGCUGCUGGAGUGCUUGCGUGCAUGCGAUGUCGAGUGCCGAGGAGACGCUGUCGUCUUCUCCUCCUGCGACAUCGUGCGGCCUCUCUCGGACGGCGCCAACUUCACCCUCGCGCAGGAGAUGCCCGCGUUGGAUAUCGUGCUCCUCUCCUUCGUCAUCGCCGAGAACCUCAAGGCCGUUCGGGAGAAUGAGUUCGCCAUGUUCAAGGACAUGUUCGAGCGAGUGAAACCCUCCUGCCUCAUCCUCGUCCUGGACUGCACCCACAAGUUCUUCGAGGCCCUGCAAGAUUUGGCGCUUUCUUUCGGUUGGCAAUCCCGUCGCAUCGAGUGGCCGAAGGACAUCAAUGGGCACUGCAAGAACGCGCAGGAGCAGGCGGAGGACGAUGGGCAGGAGGAGAGCGACCUGCUGAUGGAGGAGGAGCAUCCUCUGUACAUGGAGCACCUCUACUUCAACGCCAAGGACCUCGACCGAGAUGGUGUUAUCAACGAACAGGAGUUCGAGCUGCACUUUCAGUCCAUCAGCUCGGACCGAGAGGAGGAGGAGGAGGAUGCGAUGGGCGCGCAGCUCGGCGGGAAAUGGUUCGUUGGCAACGAGACCGAUGCUGGGAAGAAGGCGUUCGAGCAGGUGGACAAGAACAAGGACAAGAAAGUCACAUGGGACGAGUGGGUGGCUGAGCUGUUUCAUGACCAGCCGCAAGAACCGUUUUAUGUCGAUGGAGCUCUUGGCGACGUGAUGACGGUCGACAUGAUGCGAUCGUUUGAUCUCGACAACGACGAUCAUCUCAACCUAACAGAGAUCAGAAACUUCGUGGGGAAGUACAUGAACCGGGAGAUGGUGGAGGCAGGGGUAGCAGGCUUCAGCAGCGACAAGCCGAGGAAGGGUGGGGUGGGCAUGUCGUACCUGUUCCUGCUCGAGUUCGACAAAGACCAUGACAGCAAGGUGAAGGUGUCGGUCGAGGAGUGGAAGGAUGGGUUCCAUGUUCGCAGAUGA